AAAGAUUGCUGUUCAUAACAGUUCAGACUUUAUUUCAUCAACAUGCCAUGGCCUCUGGUCCCAAUGAUGACAGAUUAAUCCUGCAUCCGACUAAGGCUGGGCAGCAUAUUAUACAGUGUGCCAAUUGUCCUAAAGAAGAAUUAAUUGGUGCUAAGUUCUAUUGCUAUGAUUGCAAGAAAGACCUCUGUACCAAAUGUCAAGAAUCGCACCCACAACGUCACAACAUAAGCACAUACGGAGGAGGCAUUGGGGAUCUAAAAUUGAAUUUGAAACCUUGUGAGAAAUGCCAAAAGGAAGCUUCAGUAUUCUGCAACGAUUGUAAUGUUUCCCUUUGUAAAGUAUGUGUAACCCAUCUCCAAAGUGAGCACACUAGCCACAAUUUAGUUGAUAAAGAUGAACUAACGGAAAAACGACAACAGUGUAUUGACAAAGUCACGAACAUUCGCCACAAUAUUCUCCAUCACUGUCAAAAUUUGAAGACUGAUGUAAAGAAUGAUAUUAUACAUGGAAAGAAACAAAUAGAUGAAAUGAGAGAUAUUGUGAAUACAAAUGCCGAAAGAUUGAAAGAUUUAGUGGAAAAUGUGAGGAAAGAGUCAUUGAACAAAUUGCAAUUACUGGAAACGUCCAUGACACAGACGUUAGAACAUCAGAGAAACGUUAUUGACACUCACACAGGGUCUUUACAUCAAACUGUUUGUGAAUUUGAAGAUUUAGAUUGCUGUAUAAGCCCAGAAUCUAUCAACCAUUUCUAUAAAGGUUGCGUAUCUAAAAUAUCAAAAAUACCGGAUCUUGUCAAAGUAAGACUCCCUUCUCUGGAAUCAGUAUCUGAUUUAAAUACUGAAUGUAUCGAAAAAUCCGUCGGAAAAAUCACAAACAUCGAACCUUUCUUAGGUGAAUCGAGAGAAAUAUCUCAAAAACACAAAUUAUACUUCAGAAGUGAGACAGAAGCAACACUAGUUCAAAAACUUUGUGCCAAUACUAAAUUACUUCGAAGUUGUCGUCAUAUAUCUCUGACUGACUAUGGCGAAUUCUGGGCUAAUGAUUACGAUGGGAACCUUAUGCUUGCAGAUUUGAAUGGAAAUGUCACUACACAUAUAGUAACCAAAGAUAAAUGUUCAGGGUUUCAUACUGUGACGGCAAAUGGACAUUUGCUUUGUACAGACGAAGUGAAGAAAGAAAUAUUUCGAAUUCCCAGAUAUGGUGAUUAUAAAAUCCGUGGAAAAGAAACACUCAUUGCCAAUCCGACAUGGAAUCCUAUAAGCAUUUAUUGCUGCAAACAUUCUGGUGAUAUCUUAGUAGGAUCGUUCAAAGACAAGAAUUUGGGCGCAAGUGUAACCCGAUUUAACAUGUUCGUAGCGCAGACUCAGCAGAUCUUCUCCUCUGAUUACAAGUAUCCGCAUUACAUUACUGAAAAUCAUAAUGGAGAUAUUUGCGUUUCAGACUCGAAGACGUGUGGAGUAAUUGUUCACAAUAGAUUGGGUGAACAUCGCUUCACCUACACAAGGCGUGGUUCUAACCAGAAACUCUUUCCGAGCGGUAUCUGCUGUGAUAUACUACGUAACAUAUUAGUUUAUGAUGGAAACAGCAAAGCCAUUCUUAUAUUGGACAGUGAUGGAAGGUUUCUGUCAACAUUUAUCAGCUUGAAGUCGGAAUGGACUGGGCUUAUCUCCCAUACAAGAGGACUUGCGAUAGACAAUGAUUAUAAUCUCUGGAUUGGUGGCAGUCAUUCAAACACAAUCCAGAUUUUCUCAUACCUCAAGAGAAUACAAGAUACUAGUGUGUGAAUUUAUGACGUAAACAGAUAUCCGUAGACUCCCAACACUGUAUUCUUAGUCUUUUUCAUCAUAACCAUUGUAUUGAAAACUUCUUUGAUGGAGUGAAAGAAAAUAAUCUUUAACUAUAUUUUUCCACUUUUGAAAAACAUUUCAUCCCCAAUUGCAUUUGAUUUGGUGUGGGGGAUAUUUCUGUUAGACUUUCACAUACCCCCUUCUCUCUCAUACGUUCAUGGAUAAUAGCCAUUUUGACUUUUAAAAGAUAAAAUCAAUUCUGGAUUAAAUUCAAAAGAAUGCAAUGAACAAGAUAUCGUCAAUUAAAUUGGAUUGCAUGACAUUAGAGAAGACUUACAUUUGUACACAAUGGAUGAAUUUUGUUUCUAGUUAUUUCACUAUUAUAUUACCUUUAUACAUUUUUCGUCAAUGAGUGAUUGGUGUAUUUUUCUAACACAAUUAUUAGAGAUCAGAAAAACAUGGAGAAAUAUGAAAACUAUUGUCACACUGUAAAGUUAUCCAACUUGAAAGAUGAAUAUUAGACAUGUAUACAAUUAUGGUGAAUUUUUGUAUGCUUUUCAGUGAAAUGUUCAUUUUAAACUCUGCUUUUAAUAUUAUAUGUUCCCUAACUGUAAGCAGGGGCGAAUCCAGGAAUUGCGGUUAGGGGGGGGUGCAACUUUAUGGGGUCUGGGGGCAACCUUGACCCUCAGUGGGUCCAAGCCAAUACCUUGGUGGGGACCAGGGGGCAAAGCCCUGGUGGGGGCCAGGGGGCAAAGCCCCCGAAACCUCCUGGAUUUUACAGAUUUUAUAGGGCUUCAAAUAUGUUUCUUAUGUCGUCAAUUUUACUAUUUUCUGUCAUUUUUGAUAGAUGAUUGAUUGAUUGAAUAUUGUUUAACGCCCCUCUCGAGAAUAUUUCACUCAUAUGGAGGUGUCACCAUUGCCGGUGAAGAGCUGCAAAAAUUUACGCCUAUGCUCGGCGCUUAUGACCAUUGAGCAGGGAGGGAUCUUUGUCGUGCCACACCUGCUGUGACACGGGGCCUCGAUUUUUGCGGUCUCAUUCGAAGGACCGCCCCAUUUAGUCGCCUCUUACGACAAGCAAGGGGUACUGAGGGCCUAUUCAAACCCGGAUCCCCUCGGGAUAUUUUUUUUGAUAGAGGGAAAUCAAUAAAAGUUUAAGGGUUUUGGAUAAAAUGUAAGUUCUCCCAAUAAAGGUAAUUCAAUAAAUCAAAAAAAA